AGGUCUCGGGCCCCCAGGCGGAGCGGCGGGCGCCGGACCCCCAGGUGGAGCGACAGGUCUCGGGCCCUCAGGCGGAGCGGCGGGCGCCGAACCCCCAGGUGGAGCGACAGGUCUCGGGCCCUCAGGCGGAGCGGCGGGCGCCGGAUUCCCAGGUGGAGCGACAGGUCUCGGGCCCUCAGGCGGAGCGGCGGGCGCCGGACCCCCAGGUCUCGGGCCCUCAGGCGGAGCGACAGGUCUCGGGCCCCAGGCGGGGCGGCGGGCGCCGGACCCCCAGGUCUCGGGCCCCCAGGCGGAGCAGCGGGCACCGAGUCACCAGGCACGACAGUGGGCUCCGAGUCAACUGGCAUGACCGCUGGCACUAGGUCAGACAUUGGAUCGUCUGACUGGACAGCGGGCAUCGGGUCACCAGGCAUCAGGUCAUUUGGCUCGACAGCGGGCACCGCGUCAUCUGGCAAGGCAGUGGGUUCCGAGUCAACUGGCAUGACCGCGGGCACU